AUGUCUGAUUCCAAUCCUUUAUCAAUUCUAAAACGAGAAAUCAGUCGUCUUGGAUUUGUUUCAGGCGAAAAAAUAAGUUUACUCGCUCACUUUACCAAAAAUGUAGAAAAAAUUACUGUUGCAGUAUCUUUUCUUGAUGACUUUGUUACAGAUGAAGAUAAACGUACUUAUUUGAGAAAUUUAAUAUCUCCACAUGGUAGAUCCGCUAAUAAACAAAAAUUAGGAAAUCCGUUGUUUACAAAUAUAUUAGAAGUGGUCCUUAAUCUCAGGAAAGCACUCCCGGAAAAUUUACAAGAUGACAUCGAAACAAUGUCGGAGGAACAGGAAUUAGAGCAGGAAGAGUUAAUUUCAAUAAAUACAAAUCUAAUCCAGCACCCUGACAGAAAACCGCUUGCAGUAAUUAUGGAACAUGUUCUAUAUGUAAGGAAAUCUUACAAGGAUCUAUAUCGCAUAGUUACCAAAGAUAAAUACGACCCCAGGUUCCUCAUAUCUGGCACGUCAGGUGUCGGCAAAUCGUGUUUCUUGAUUUAUUUAUUAAUCCGGCUCUUGUGCAAUAAAACCGAUGCCACGGUCAUUUUUCGGCCAGUUGAUGGUGAUUUAUUGUACUGUUUCAGGGAUUCUAAUCUCUUAGUUGGUGACUUUAAAGAAUUUUCGGAGCAACUCUAUUACAAUUCCAAAGCCUGGUACUUGGUAGAUGGUACAGUCCCCGAGGAUGUUAUAGCAAGAACAGUUGUUUCUGCAUCAUCAAAAGAUAUCAAAGAUAAAAGAUUUCAACAUUUUGUUAAAAAUCUUGUGAAUGAAUUUUGUAUGCCACCAUGGUCAAUACAAGAGUUGGAAGCCUGCCGACAAAGUGUCUUUCCAGUCAUACCACAAGGUUUAAUGCUUGACCUCAGUGACGAAGCGGGUGGUGUGCCAAGAUACGUUCUUCAGAUACCAGCAUUCAUUAUUCGUCAGGGAAAUCCCAAUCUCGAGGAUCAGGAUACGAUUGAUAUGAUUAAGAAAAUGUCUUUAAAAUACGUAAAAGAAGCCAUCUGGGAAAUCAAUAACAUCAGAAGGCUUAUAAAGUGCUUUUCUGAAAAUUCUCGAUAUAUUGAACUCAACAAUCACCUUAUUCAUCGGUGGCCAGACACUUUCUAUCGAGAGCGAUCCCUAUCAUGGGCUUCUGGUCGUAUUUUUGAUAAAAUCCAGAAAAAACUGGAGGAUAGUAGAUGGAGUAAUAUAUUUCUAAAAAUUCAAGAUUCUGAUGACCCUUCCAGCUAUAGGGGGAUUUUGUUUGAGUCACACGUACUUCAUCUCUUCAAGCUUGGUGAUCAAACGUUUGAAUCAAGGAGACUUGAAGAAAACAAGAAUGAUCCAGACAUUUACGGUAAAUUAACUAUACCAACAAAACCAGCUACAAAGUAUAUUCGAUAUGCAAGCCAGCUCACAGGGUAUAACCAGGAAGGAAUAAUCAUCAAACCAACCAUAAAAAGUUUCAGUGCGGUAGAUUUAAUCCUUACUCCGGACUGUAUCUUUCAAAUUACUGUGUCUCCAAAACACCCCAUUAAGCAAAGUGAACUAAUAGAUAUAGUUCAGAAUAUGCCGGCAUAUAGGAAGGAUCCGGAUGCAAAAAUUUUUUUAUGUUUUAUUGUGCCGGAUGAUAUAUAUGAUAUCUUCACAUACCAAAGUUAUGCAACACCCAAGAAAAAAGUAGGAAUCGAUCUUGGGGCCUUUCAAGCAGUUAAACAUAAGUUCCCUAUCCUCAGUAAUGUAGAACAAUGGGUCGUAAAAAUUAAAAUGACGCCUGAAGUGACUGUAACGUCUGUACUGAACAACGCGAUGACAGUGGCAAAUUACUGGUUAUAA